AUGGAUACUAAUCUCUCAUUAAAUGUAGAAAGUAUUUCAUUAUAUGAUGAACAUAAUGAAUUCAUAAGUAGUAUCAUUACAUCGGAUAUAAAUAAUUCUGGAAUAAAUAUUACUGAUAUAACAUCUAUUACUACUACUACUACAACUACAACUACAAGUAGUAUUCAAAAUGAAAUCUCUUCAUUACAAUUCAAUAUCAAUGAUAAUCCAUCAUCUAUAAACAAUGUACUUGAAGUAGAUCCACAAUACAAUAAGGAAUAUAUUGAAAACUCUAUGAAACAUUUAAAGAAAACUCAAAAAUCAAUAAAUAAAGAAAAAGAUCUAAAAGAACAAUCUGAAACAAAUAUUCAACCUUUAAAUUCUUCAUUUAUAUCUGAAUCAACAGAUAAUGAACAUAAUGAACCCAGUGACAUAACAUUAUCUUCCGUAGAGAUAUCGAUCCAUAAAGAAGAUCCUGUUAGUUUACAUGUUUUACAAAAUGAACAACAAAUGUCUACAUCUACUCAUCUUUUGACUGAAUCAAAUCAAUUCACUGAAUGUUGUUUAUUCAAUGAAACUAAUCAACAAAAUGAUCCAGAAUUGGAUCAUGAAAUUAUACAGAACAAUGAAAUUUCUAAACAAACUAUAGAAAAAUCGAAUAAAAAAUCAAGUAAAAAGAAACAAUUUAUAGAUCAAAAAAUAUCAAUAAAUGAUCCUAUACAUUCUCAAUCAAUAGGCUUGAUCAAUCAACAAUCGAGUCAAUUUAUUACUGAAAGUUUAUCAACAUCAGAAUUGUUAAUUAUUCCACAAGAGAUUCAAUCUAUAUCAAAAACACCUCAAGGAAUUAAUGAAGAAGCUGACACUAAUGAUAAUAAGAAUGUUGAACUAUUAUCACCAUCAGAAUUAACUAGUGAUGAGAAAUAUUUUCAAAAAGGAUCAAAAAAAUCUAGAAAAAAACAUGAAAAGAAACAUUCUGAUAUUGAUAAUACUAUAGAACAAGACUCAUGUAUAAUUGUUCAUGAAGUAUUACCUGAGGAGGAGAAGAGGAUGACGAAGAAGAAGAAGAAGAAGAAGACGAAUACAACAGACUCAAAAAAUGAUCAUUUACAAGUGGUAAACAUGUUUGAUAAAGAGAUGACAUCAGAAUCUAUAAAUAAAGAAUAUAUUAAUGCAUCUGUGAUGUCAUUUUCCGAUCCAAAAUUCCUUGAAUUAAACAGUACAAAUUCUCAAUCAGAAUGUUGUAUAGAACAAACAUCUAAUAAACAACAUACAAUUAUUCUAGAAACUAACAGUUCAUCUGUACAAGUUUUAAAUGAAUCACAAAUGAUCAAAUCAAAUGAUAAUACAGUUCAUACUGAAAUAACUCAUAUAAGUAGUACAAUUCCAGUAGAUGAUCAUAAUGAAACUUCAGAAUACAUUGAAAAAGUACAAUUCAAUAAUAAUAAUAAUGACACAUUAAUAGAACAAUCAUCUCUAAGAAAAGGAGAUAUCAGUGAAAUGAGUACAGAGUUGACGUUAUGUGAUACAGAAUUAAACAUUGAACAUCAAGAUACUAACAAAAACUCACUAAAACAAUCAAAAAAGAAACAAACGAAAACAAAACAGCCAAUUGAAAAGAAUAUAAAAGUUGUUGAGAAUCAUAAAAAUACUACUAAUACUCCUGAAUCUAAUUCUUCUCAAAUAUCAUCUAUUCCUCAGAGUAUAGCAACAACAAUUGAUAUAAAUCGAACUGUAGAUUCUCCUCUAUCCACUGAUAUAAAAAUAACAGAACAAACACAACAACUAACAAUAUCACUGAGUUCAAAUGAUUUAGUUAGUCAACCUUCAGAUGGAUUCAGUAAAAAAUCAUCAACAAAUAAAAAAACGAAGAAAGUGAAAAUACAAUCUAAUGAAUCAGAUGAUAAUUACUUUUCACAGUCUACGCCUACCAUAUUACCGAAUUCUUUGAUACCGGUUAAUGAAGUACAUACUACUGAAUAUAGUAAUAGUAGUAGUAGUAGUGGUAGAAACACUAAAAAUAAUUUCACAUCAAUAUCAAUUCCAUUUUGUAAAACAAUUUGUAAAGUUUCUCAUGAAGAAUUACAAAAUUCUCUAUGUCAUAGAAAUACAUCUAACUUGAAAGCAAAGAAUAAAAAACUUCAUUUGAAACAUAACAAAUUAAAGAGUAGUAAAACAAACGUUUUUAAUCAACUAGAUGAUACAUUGAAUAAUAAAUCUGUAAUUAAUGAAAUAACAAUGGGACAAUCAUCACAAAUAGUUACUGAAGAAGAAACACAAGAAAAUACUAGGAAACGACGUUUUCCUAAGUCUUUCAUAACGCAAGUUGAUCCAAAAUAUAUUCGUUCUGCUCGUUUAGCUGCUAAACGAAGAAAAACUGAUUCAACUAAUAAAGCAAAAGAAACAUCAUCAUCACCAUCAUCAUCUACAGAUAAAAGAAAGACAUCAAUUAAACAGGAAUCUAAGAAAAUAUUGAAAAAAUGGCGUCUACGACCAAGUUUAAGAGAAAAUGGUGUAAUUGUUAUAUUAUUAGCUGGACGACAUCGUGGUAAACGUGUAGUUAGUUUAGGUAGACAAAAAUCAACAGGUCUUUUACUUGUCACUGGACCAUAUUGUUAUAAUGGUUGUCCAUUACGUCGUGUUCAUCCAGAUUAUGUGAUUGCUACUAAAACAAAAAUUGAUUUAAGUAGUUUAUCACUUCCUGAAAGAAUUCACACUAAAAAAUAUUUCACUAGAACUACCAAAUGUAAAAGUUUCAAAACAAAACAUAAUCAUAAUCAUUUUGAUGAGAUUCUUGAACAUGGUAUUAAUGCUAAAAGAUCAGCUUAUAAACCAAAUGAUGAAAAGAAAACUGAUCAAAUCUAUAUAGAUAAUGAAGUGAGAAAGGCGAUCAAAUCUCAUACAGAUUCCAAGUUAUUAAUUGGCUAUUUGAAAUCAUUAUUCUCAAUUGGAAAACAUGAUAAACCACAUGAAAUGUUGUUCUAGUAAAAUGUAAACACAUUCAAUCAAUCAUAUACAUACACACAACAUUUAGAUAAACAAUAAUACAUAUAUAAACAAACAAACUACACAAAUAGACCUUCCGAAAACAUACUAACUCCUCUUUACUAUACUACUAAUACCACUACUACUACUACUAAGAACUACAGAUACAACACUCAUUAUAAAUGAAGCAUUUCAACAUGCAACCUAAAUGUAAUUCACCUCUUUCAUUUACCACUCUUUCGGAUGUACUUCUUCUUGAGUCUUUUU